GACGACGCGCCGAGAGAGACGCGCGUACCGUUUGCGUGAAUAAUUUAAGUAGUGUGUUGAAUUAAAAUUUAUAGGUUAACAAAAAUGUCGGCUGAUCCAGCACCAUUGUCGAAAACGGCAAAGUACAAGAAAAUCACAAAACCGCUUUUGGAGCGAAAGCGGCGCGCGCGCAUCAAUCGCUGCCUGGAUGAACUCAAAGACCUCAUGGUUGGGGCUCUAGAGAUCGAUGACGACAACCUGAGCAAGUUGGAGAAGGCAGAUAUCCUUGAGUUAACAGUUAAUCAUCUCACAAAAUUACACAGCCCCAAGGAUCCGGUUUUGGAAGCGAAGAAGUUUCAAGCCGGCUUCGGACAAUGCGCUGCGGAGGCGUGCCGGUUUAUCAUGUCGGUGCCUGACUUAGACGCCAAAGUCAGCCAGAGCCUAAUCAGUCACCUAUCACGACUGAUAACGGCACAGCCGCUCACGAUACAAGUACCAGAUAGGCCUCCAUUUUCACCACCCACGUCCCCAUCUUCCGUGGUGUCCGACAGACAGCACUACUACAGCGACCAUGAACGCUCCUCUUCCGAUGCCGAAGAUUCCGUUUACUCCGGCGAUGGCGCGUCUAAGCAAUGGGCAUAUAAUUCUCGACCAAACCCCAGAUUACCUCACAAAGCAAGCCCACCGAUGGCGGGCCUACUCACGACGGUUGACAAGCUGUCACCGCCUCUACACGCCCCUGAACAAAUACACGGCGCGAGCACACACAGAAACGGGGCUUACUUCAACAGAGUGCCAGCCGAAGCGAAGGAUGUUAUCCUUCAAAAGAUCCGACAGCACAUAAUGGACAAACGCGGUAACGACACGGUCGGCGUUGAUGUAAACAUGGGCGCCGAUUCGCCGGCCGAACCAAAAUAUUUGUACAAAGACGAAGUGUGCAAAAACGAUCUCGUAUACCAGUACUCGCCUGCCAACGUGCCGAUGCCGAGCAACGAUACCUUGGACCUGAGGAAGUUCAGGUCCCCGUCGAAGGCUACAGAGGGUGCUUCACCUAAAAAACCUGUCGCGUAUCAGACCUCGAGUCAAUUAGACACGACGCCUUUACCCGAGAGCAAAGUUGAGUCCAGUCUUCCGGAACACUGCGAAUCGCCGAUGGAUUACAGCAACUUACCACCAAAAAAGAAGAGGAAAUUGAUCGAGUACCAGGAGUACAAAAAACAGGAGGAGGCGAAGCGUCAGCUCGAGGCUUUUUACGCUGAGAAAAAAGAACGCGACGGCCCACCAGCGGAUGAGGACAAGUGGCGCCCCUGGUGAAACACGCUCGCCAAUCAAUGUGAUAUUAUUAGUAUCUUCCAUGACAAAGCUUUAAUUUGUUUUAACUUAUGUAUGUUUAUGUAACGUAUUGUUUACACUCGUGCCUUAAUUAAGUUUGUGUUUUAGGUUAUGCUAGUAUGUAGUAUUUUAAUUUCAAAUUCUAUUUAUGUGCCAUUUGUUUGAUCUCGAUGCCUUUUUAUGAAAAUAUCAAGCUUAUUUUACUAAGUCUUCCAAUUGUGAACAAUGACUGUAUGUGACGCAAAGCAAAAUUGUUAUAGUAAGCGCAAAUAAAAAAUAUAAUUUAAUAAAUAAUAUUUCGGAACAGAU